AUGCGUCGACGAGCGCCGCCUCCACCCUCGGAGGUGGUAGACCUCGACUAUGGCAGUGCGGAGACGCCACUGGCGAGCGAGUCGCAGCCAGGGCCGUCAAAUGAAGUCGAAGCUCUUGCUGCGCCCCCACAGUACGUCGCGGUCGGUCGCGGCCGCAAGCUCCUUUCAUACGAGACGGACGAUUUUGACACGGCUGCGCCAUCAACAACCGCUCCCGUGGCCACGAAUUACGAUUCGGCAGCAUCUCAAGGGCUUGAAUAUGUCAGUAGCGCAUCUGAUGUUCAGCCAAGCGCAGCUGCUGGACCUUCAUCUGCAUCCCAUCGGAGGUCUGCAAGCCCUGCAUCGCUGAAAGAAAGUCUUGGUGGGGCUGCUGCAGAUCACUGGGAAAGGGUAAUUGCCGAUUCAGAGGAAGGAGGAUUACCUCGACCGCCACCUCUCCCAGCUUACCCUCCUCCGGCACUUCCUCAGGACGUCAACCAGCACGGCUCGGCGCCCUAUGCCUAUGACCCUAACGCGCCAGAGUUUCAUCCCAUUCUGCACGCUUCUGCGCCGCCAACCUUACCACCAGAGUCCGAAACAUACUACGCGCCUCCUGAUCAACAAGCCUACCAUGCCACAGCAGAAAGCAUUUACAUGCAUCCGGCCGGUCAUGGUCCUCCCUUUCCGAGCUAUGAGAUGCCCUACAACCCUCACGCUCCUUACGAUCCAGCUCUUCACGCUGACCCUUCUUCCAGCUAUCCCUACUUUCCAAAUCCCCCCAAUCUGACCUUCUAUUCGCAGCAACAUCACCCGUACCCAACCGGCUUCAAUCCGCAGAUGCAGUAUCUCAACCAAAAACGUCUACUCAAGCAGCAGAGAAAGCGGGAGAAGAAGCAGAGAAAACGCGACAAGAAGGAAGCCGCCAACGCCGCAUUCGCCUCACUUGUUGCCUCGUACGAGCCGGCAUCCUCGUGGGGUGCAAGUGGCAGGAGACCUGAUGGGGAUUUGAUCUGGACCGAUGACGGCAAAACGCAAGCAGCCGCUAUGGUCAGAGAAUUGCACGUGCGGGGAGUGGCCCCGCAACGAUUGGUGGAGAGGGGCAUCUCUAUGCACAUGAUCGAAGCUUGUUGUGUCGAGGCAGGCAUUCCCCUGCGGCCUCUACCGGCACAAGAUGCGGAGGACUUGGAGGCGCGCACGAGGACGAUGACCGAGGCUAGCAGCAGCCAGAACGGAAAGGUCUCGACGACGCCAGCGGAAGACGAGCUACUGGCUAAGGAAGAGCAAGGCAUUGCCUUGACGCCAUUGGAGGAGCUGAGGAAGAAGGUGCUAGCGUCGCGCCUGGCAAAAGCAGCCACCGCUGCAUCAGCUUCAGCGAACGCUACGCCCAAGGUUGUCGACAACACAGCUGCUCCGGGAGCAUCAUCGGAUACGACGACCGCGUUCAACCGCACUGCUACUUCUGGCGAGGCGGACGCAUUGCUUUCGCAGAUAGGCGAGGUUCUACGCAGCCUCAUCCGAUCUGCGUCCGAGGCUGCUGCUGCUGCCGAGGACACGUCUAUGCAGCCCACUUCAUCGACGACCAGAAAGCGAUCCUAUCGAGACGUCGAUGCAGUGGAAGGAGAACAUGGCUCGAUCACCGCCGAUCUUGCCGGAGGCGAUAGCAUGGGCGAUGUCGCUCCGAGCCGUCGACAACGCAUCUCCUACGCAGACACUUUCAGUCGCAGAGCCGAGAUGCCUGCUGGCGAAGUCGAUCUCGACGCGCCGGUGCCGGACCUUCCAGACUUGUCUGUCUUGACAUCAAACUCGCCGAGCUUGGGCGAUGCUGCCCCCCGACGUCGUAGACCGGUGGCAGCUGACUUUGACACUGCAGAGUAUCGUCCGCAGAGUGUUCGCCAAGAUCGAUUUCUGGACGUGCCCUCAGGCCUCAACACGGUCGUGGACCUCUCCGACGACGAGUCGGACGAAGACGAAAUUACCGCUGCCGGCGAUGCGAAGGGUUGGACAUCCGUACAGGGCCAUGUCGAUAUGCGCGACAUCGUGCUGCUUCGUCAGAAAACGGCCACAGAACACUAUGACACCUUUUGCGCCCUCAACGGCAUCAAACCUGCGGCAAAGCCUUUGGCACGAGUGCAGGAAGGAUCCGUCGUCACAAACGAAGCGAGUGAGCCUUCGACAAUUGGUGAAGGUGUCUCGAAACAAAGCCUUCUGGCUCAUGUGGCAGGAACGGACGCUGCAAGUGUUGGCACUUCCACCCCGUCGCGAGAAGAUCUGCUGCGCAAGGAAUUGGAAAUCAAGCAACUGAUGCAGAAGAUCCAGAUGAUGGAGAAGCGCAAAUCCCAACAGCAGAGUGCGACCCCAUCGCCAGCGGUUUCGCCGAUGCCAUCACGCAUCCUUCGGCCGGUCGUUAGCACGCAGGCUCCAGUCGCGGAAGGGUCCCAGGUCAAAUUGCCUCUUGGAUUCGGGCAGAGUCUCGGAGCUGCAGUCGAUGAUGCAAAAUCGAAUGCGAUGGCUGCACCGGGACUCGGUGUCGGGACGCUUUCACAAACAGUCAGCAGCAGCCCCGCCAAAACUGGCGGACUGAGGCUAGACCCGGCCUUGCAAAAGCAGCGCGAAAGCCUCCUCGCUUUGCUGGCGAACAAGCGCAAGAAUGCAACGGCGGACGCGGCCAAGGCUGUCACGGAGCGGUCAGGCAGCACCAAUGAGGGAGAAACCUCGGAACUUCCCGAAGUAUCAUCAGAGCAAGCGAUGUCAAGCAUUGCGGCAUCCAAUGGAGUCUCUGCAGAGAAGGCGAACGUAACGCAAGCGGUCCAACCGGAGGUGAGCAGGGAACCGCCCAUGCCAUUGCAUGUUGAAGUUGAAAUCAUUGACGCAUUCUCUCCUCUUCAAUCGACCUACCGUCUCCGGCCAACCAGACGUCGCAGCCGCGCAUCGUUUCGCGCUAUCGACCGCUGGUGCCGAGUCUAUUGCAAAGCGUAG